UCGAAGCGGCGGAUGAGCAAAAACCACGUGAAAGAAACGAACAUGGUGUUCCUCGUCGCUGAGAGCUUGUUAAUGAUCGUGUGUCUCCAGGCGUCAGCAAUGUCCGAAAGGUACCUCGGCAAAGUCAACUGUGCAUUCACAGACGAACAUCCCAGGUGCAACUUUGAACAACUCUGCAGCGUCACCUGUACAGAAGACUGCACUUCUGCGGGAAGCCCCAUCUGGGGCACAGUGAAGUACACUCAGAAAUCGUCGUUGUGCACAGCCGCAGCGCACGAUUUGCGAUUCAACUACUGGAACAGGACCACGUGGAAUGUGAGCUUUAUCCGCUACAAUCGUGCUCUUCUAGCUUAUAAGGGUUCCAUCAGGAACGGAAUCACUUCCCGAUCGUGGUUGCGGAGCUACGGUGGUUGGUUCGAAUUUGUGUCACCAAGAACGAAAGAGGACCUGUGGGACGUUACGUCCGUUCAUCUCAACUAUCGGCACACGCCUCCUGAAAACCACCACCAGUUCUGCUUUGUCAGCGACCUCGGGAGCAGAAGUAUUAUUUUCAGGGACGUCCCUGUGUCUGAAACUGCGUAUGGUACAAAGAUGAGAGGAGGGUUGUACAGCAUGACAUGGAGGUCAGACCUUGGAAUACGAGGCUUCACCUGCGCAGUAGAUUGGAACGUCCUCUCCAGUGUCACCUCUAUCGCCAUCAUAAAAGGCAGGGAUUUUUCUGGAAACUCAGACGCCAUGUACUGGAGAAGCUUAACCGUCAACCUUGACGACCGUAUCAGCUUCUCCGACACCAGCGGCCAACGUUUCGUUUGGACCAAGGAUGGCACAGACAUCACCUUACAGGAUGUAGGAUAUGGCGUCAAAGGGGUUCAUCGAGCUGAGCUCGCAGACGGUGGAGUCUACGUUGCGAGCACCACAGGCUACCUCAGAAGUAGGCACCCAGAGGCUGUCAUUAGGAUCAUUGUCCGCUCGUGCCCUGGUGGCCGAUUCGGAGACAAAUGCUUCGGACAAUGCCCACCGUGUAGGAAUGGAGGUAUCUGCCAUGACAUCACGGGUGUGUGCGUCUGUCCAGCUGGGUUCAAAGGAAGACUCUGCGAAAAUCAUUGCAGCGCCACGACAUUCGGCGAAGAAUGUCAGCACGACUGCCGCGUUCUGGAACACAACCGACUCAACUGCGCCGGACUCCUGUUCUGUCGUCCUGAUCCUUAUGGCUGUUCCUGCUUUCCUGGUUACACGGGGCAAGACUGCAAUGAAAGAUGCCCUCCUGGAACGUACGGCGCAGGCUGCAGCAUGCGUCGCAACUGUAGUUGCGCCAAUGGUCAGCCUUGUCAUUCACAGUGGGGCCACUGCACGGAUGACAAGUGCCGUGCUGGGUAUCGCCAACCGCCAUACUGCGACAACUGGUACCCCGUGCUCAAGACCAUUCAUCUGUCCCCCCUUCGCGCCACGGUCCUGCAAGUGCGGUGGAACAAAUGGGACCCUCAGCAGGACUACGGUGUGGGGAAUCCAGAAUCUUACAUCGUCCAAUCUAAGGAAGAUGCAACUUCAAGGUGGAAAACCAUCGGCUCGCUAUCGGCUAAGCUAGACGGCACUCAAGGAACCACUGUGUACUAUAACAUAACGGGUCUUCAGCCUGACACUCGUUACAUGGUCCGCGUUCUGGUAAAAGAUGGGGACGGGCACAUGAAUAAAGAAAGUGCUCCAAGGAAAACUGCUACGACGCCAUGUGGAAGUCCCCAAGUGCCCCCUCAGAACAUAUCGGUCGAAGAACUCAAAGAAGGAUACAUGGUCGUUACAUGGAAGAUUCCUGAUGCGACCACGUGGCAAUGUUCCACUGCCAGUAUUGAAAUCCGCAUCAACCAAAGCAUCUAUCAAACGGAUCCAAAUGCAGAACGGUACUCGUACGCCACUGUGCCGAACACACUUUACACCAUAGAGCUGAGAACAGUCACCGGACAAAACACGGCGAGCGAAUGGUCUCCGACGGUCCAUGUCACAUCAGCCGAACGAGCUCCUGAAGUAGUUGAGAACCUGGUCGCCAUCCGUGUGGCAUCAAAGUUGUAUACAGUGUCCUGGACGCCACCCAAAAUACGCAACGGCAUCAUACGAGGAUAUCAACUGGGUCUGGAGCUGAAACGUCUGCUCCAUUGUACAAGAUCUCCGCCUGAACACCUGAUGUUCAAUAUAUCCGGAACCCAGACGGCACGCAAUGUCUCGUUGAUGCCCGCUGCCGAGUACAGCAUUCGUGUGAGAGCACGCACUGUCGCUGAUGGGCGAUGGACGUCUAUAAGAGUAACGACACCCGACGAAGUACCCGAGGCUGCCCCCAGAGACGUAAACGUCCGUGACGUCUUCGUUGCGGGCGCUACGGUCACGUGGAAGGAACCGGACUGUGCUCUCAGUCACGGCGCUAUUAAGGGCUACAAACUAAAGCUGAGGAUGGACGCACCGCAGAAAGGACAGGAUCGUGCGUACAAUACCACGGUGACAUCUAUCACCUUCAACGGGCUCAGUCCCUUCACCAACUACAGUUUAGAGCUGUCCGCAUGGAACACAGCAGGGGACGGACCUGCAGUCUUCGCAGUAUUCAGGACAGGACCCUCCGUGCCUAACGCGCCGACGAACCUGACGUCGCACAGCGCAUCGAGCACAUCGAUCGCCAUCUCGUGGCUUCCACCGAAACCGCUUACGGGAAAGUUACAGCAUUAUCAUGUAUACUACAGGACGUCAGAACAUGCGGAGUCCACUAUUAACGAGAUUCCUGCACCAGCAUACUGUAAUGCGACAACCCGCUCCGGACGGCAGUGCUUCGCCAUUCAAGACCUCACGCAUAACACUAGAUACCACAUUUUUGUGACUGCCAAGAAUGAGCUCGUUGACCAAUGGAGCAAGCCAAGCAACGAGAUUACUGUGACAACACCAAGUGCUGCACCUGGCCCACCUACCCAAUUCUCUCAAACUUCAAAGGGCCACAAGGAAAUUACAGUAUCUUGGAAGGAACCACAGCAACCCAAUGGUGCCAUCACGAACUAUAGGGUGAACGUGAGCAGCGUUCAAGACGAUGGCGAAACAGAGUUCCUGUUUUCAGUUACUCUAGAAGGUAUGGUCUUCAACGAGACUAUAGGUAGUCUCCAGGCAGGUUCUGUCUACAACAUCACCAUCGAAGCAGCGACGGCUGUGGGUUACGGAGAUCCAAUCAGUAUUCUUGCUUUCACCAAAGCUCCUGUUAUCGCCCUGAAGGUUAGGCCACAAGUCAAGACAAUCCAGAAGAACGCAGUGACGGUGACGUUGACGCCUGCAGAUGCGAAAUACAACAUAAAGAACUAUUACGUGCUCGUAGAAAAACUCAAGACGAGAACCAAAAGAUCAGCCGAUGACGUUUUUGCCAAUGAGUGGGUCAAUGGCAAAGUAGACUACAAUAGUUCGAUGGCUAUGGGGCUUUCCUUCUACAUGGCUGCUGAACUGUCUCCAGAGGAUAUUCACACUGCGCAGGACUUCACCGUUGGGGACGGUCGUUACUACGGCGCUUACUACAACGCACCUCUUGACAGCAGGAGCACCUACCAGAUUGGCAUGGCUGCGGAAGUGGACUUCAACGGGGACACACGCAUGUCUUAUGUCCUGCUUGCUGAACCCAUCAACCUGGACGAUACUGCAGUUGUGUCCAGCUCUGUCAUCACAGGCAUAGUCGCAGCCCUCGUUCUUGUGGUGGUGCUGGCUGUGUUCUUGAGUACAUGGAAAGCAAGAAGAUGUCUGGCUCCUCAGCUCUUGAUGAAGCAGUCCAUCGACAAGGGUCACAGUUCUAGUACUGCUGAGUGUCUGGAUGAGGUAGAUGACAUAGAAAUGGAGGAAGUCGCCUGCAACGGGCCCGUCACUGUUGCCAGACUUCCCCUAUCGCAGCUUUGGGAGUACGUCCAACGGAUGAUACUCAUCGACGGUCUCAAGCACGAGUACAUGAGUGUACCCAAGGGGCAGCUGUAUCCAUCUGAUGAAGGGAAGAAAGCAGAGAACAAAGGGAAGAACCGGUACAGGAACAUGCUUCCAUUUGACCAUACCCGUGUGAAGCUGGAAGACAUUGAAGGCCUUCCUGGCUCGGACUACAUCAAUGCAAACUACAUUGACGGCUACAAGGACGAAAAGAAGUACAUCGCGACACAAGGUCCCAAACCUUCGACGUGCGCAGACUUCUGGAGAAUGAUCUGGCAGGAAAACGUCUGCAAAAUUGUUAUGCUCACCAACAUCUUCGAAGAAGCGCGGUCAAAGUGCGCAAAAUAUUGGCCCGAGAAAUCGAAAACCUACAAUGCCAUCCGUGUGACCCUCAUGAAGACCGAAGUGUUUCCGGAGUACGAUGUCAACCUGCUUCAGGUCGCUAAGGAAGGGACAACCCGGGAGGUAAAACAUUUCCACCUGAAGACCUGGCCGGACCACGGCGAGCCACUGUACCCUAGUACCCUGCUUGCCUUCCACAAGAAAGUCAGCUCUUACAGGACGUAUAACGAGGCGCCCAUCGUGGUUCAUUGCAGCGCAGGUGUGGGACGCACCGGUACGUACAUCCUCUUCGACAUACUUCACGAACAAGCCCUGGCGGAAAAUGCCGUUACCAUAUCGAGCCAGUUGUACAAGUUGAGAACGUGCCGUAUCAACAUGGUAGAAACGCUGGGCCAGUACAACUUCCUCCAUUCUGCCCUUGCGGAGAGCAUCUGCGUGCCAGACUUCUGCAUGUCCACUUCCAAGUUUGUGCAGUAUCACGUCGACGCACGUACUCGGACCCCGAAGCUGUACAUCGAAUUCCAGAAAUUGGAGGAGCUCAGACCACGCUUCAUGAGUUCGGACUUCUCCAUCGCCAAAGCACCAGAGAAUAUCAACAGGUGUAGAUACGCCAACAUUCUUCCUCCCAACUCUGGUCUCGUGUUUUUGAAAGAUGGCUCCUUCAUCAAUGCUGUCUACGUGAACGGCAUGUACAAGAAGAAAGCGUUCGUGGUGACGCAAACACCUUCGACGGAGACCGUCGAGGACUUCUGGAAAAUGGUCCAGGAAUGCGGUUCAAGAACCAUCGUCACUUUCGAAGACUUCUCACCGGACUCCGAUGCCACUGUCUUCUGGCCCGUGAGUGGCCCUGUACGCUACUCAGACUCGAGGGUCGAGUGUGUGGAAUCGAGCUCGGAAGGUGCGAUGAGCACGCAAACGCUCAAGGUUACGUCAAAAUCGAAGACAACAAUAAAGCACUUCCACUUGGUGAAAUGGGACACACCGAGCAUCAUGCUACGUCUCAUCGACGCGGUAGAACGCUGGCAACGGCAAUCGGGCAACAACAUCCCGAUAGUGCUAUGCAGGGACGGAUGCAGCGCCAGCGGUGUCUUCUGUUGUUGCGCUUUCUUCCUCGAGAAGCUCAAAGGAGAACACGAGGUGGACGUAUUCCUCGCUGCCCGCGCCAUUCGUAAGAACAGGCCACAGUUCAUCAAGAACGCGGAGCAGUACGAGUUCUGCUACAACGUGGCUCAAGCGUUCCUCGAGUCCUUCGAAAUGUAUGCGAACUUCUGAAGAAAGCGCCAAGUCGUGGACAGUCGACUGUACAUAAAGCGGACAUAGCAAGAGCCGACUGAUGGGGAAACCGAAUACUCACAGCCUGUUAAACGUCAUACGGAUGCUUCUAAGCGAACCCUUCGGCCAAGUCCUAAGGUUCUGAAGAGACUGAUGAAGACCGUUGUUUCGACACACCGCACGCAUUUUUAACGUGUGUUAAUAGUUUAAAUAAAGUGCACUGCGAUUUGA